AGGGCGCAUGCGCAAAGUUCCGGGCGCUGAAAUUCAAAUUUGAACGGCUGCAGGAGGCAGUCUGACACUGGAAGCCGAGAAGAAGGGGUUGGGAGAGUUCUCUCGCCCCGAACUCCUUGUUUUUUCCAGCAAACACAAAGAACCGCGACUCACAUCUUUUCUUUUUCUGAAUUUGAACCACCAUCUCCGUCGCCUCUUAGUCGACACGUAGCACCUGGGGCUAUGGACCCGUUUACGGAGAAACUGCUUGAACGAACUCGUGCCAGGCGAGAGAAUCUCCAGAGAAAAAUGGCUGAGAGGCCCACACCUGCCCCACGAUCUACGAGUCACACCAAGCGGACUAGAGAACCACUUUCAGAAGCAAGCAACCAGCCACCCCUAUCUAGUGGUGAAGAGAAAUCUUGUACAAAGCCAUCACCAUCAAAAAAACGCUGUUCUGACAACACGGCAGAAGCCAUUUCUAACUUGGAAAAUAAACAACCAGUUGAGUCAGUUUCUGCAAAACCUUGCUCUCCGAGUCCCCAGUCUCCUCAGCCGAAGCCACAGGCACCAUCACCUGUCACUAAUUCUGUGGCUGUGCCAUCAUCACAGCUGAGCACCAAGAAGGGGCUGGCCUCACGACUGGAGGGAACUGCAGCCUCCUCAGUUAAAACACGUAUGCAGAAACUUGCAGAGCAACGCCGCCACUGGGAGAACACUGAUGUGGCAGAUGAAAGCUCACUCUUCUCACCAGUGCCAUGUGAAGAAAAGGCGGCCUCCCCUCCUAAGCCACACCUUUCAGAUGCCUCAGCAACUCCAGUUGGGAGAAGGGGCCGGCUGGCCAACCUUGCUGCAACUAUUUGCUCUUGGGAAGAUGAUGUAAGUCACUCAUCUGCAAAGCAAAACAGUGCGCAAGAACAGCCUGGUACCACUUGUUUAUCCAAAUUUUCCUCUGCAAGUCAAGCAUCUGCUAGGAUCAAUAGCAGCAGUGUUAAGCAGGAAGCUACAUACUGUUCCCAAAGGGAUGGGGAUGCCUCUCUGAAUAAAGCCUCAUCCUCAAAGGCUGUGGAUGCAUCUUUGCAUAAUGCCCCCAUUGCCACCUCUGUGAAAGCAGCUUCUUCCCCACAUAAGUCUUCUACUGCGUCCAUCACUGAUGCUAAAAAAUGUGAAGUACAAAAUCCUGAGCUGCUUCAAGAAAAUCCUGCUAGUCCUCUGAAAACAGAGGUAUCAAAACCAAUUGUGAAGUCUACUGUCCCCCAAAUAGUUCGGCCCAAAGAAGAACUAAAUAGAGAAAUUUACCUACAGUCUCAUUCUAAAGAAAAAUCUACAACACCAGGAACAACAGGAAUUAAGCCUUUUCUGGAACGCUUUGGGGAGCGUUGUCAAGAACACAGCAAAAGAAGUCCAGCUCCUAGCACACCCCAUAGGACCCCCAUUAUCACUCCAAAUACAAAGGCCAUUCAAGAAAGACUGUUCAAGCAAAACACAUCUUCAUCUACUACCCAUUUAGCAAAACAGCUCAAACAGGAACGUGAAAAAGAACUAGCAUGUCUUCGUGGACGAUUUGACAAGAGUAAUUUAUGGAGUGCAGAAAAAGGAGAAAACUCAAGAAGUAAACAAGAAACCAAAAAGGAAAUUCACUGUCAGAAUACUCCCCUCCAAAAAUCGCAAGUUGUUUCAGAUACUCCAUCAGUUCCGGUAGCGGAAAAGGUGACAGAAAAUCAGACAGCAACACAGACUUCCAGCACAGAGCCUGCAGGUUCCACUGCAUGUGAAAUGACGAAGUCGUCUAGCCCGUUGAAAAUUACACUGUUUUUAGAAGAGGACAAGUCCUUAAAAGUAACACCAGACCCAAAGAUUGAGCAACAGAGAGAAGUGGGACGUGAAAUUGAGAUGAGUGUGGAUGAUGAUGACGAUAUCAAUAGUUCAAAAGUAAUUAAUGACAUCUUCAGUGAUGUCUUAGAGGAAGGUGAACGAGAUGUGGAAAAAUGUUAUGAGGGCAUAGAGCGAGUAGAAGCAGAAAGCAGCGAAGAACAGGAUGAUGCUCUGAAUAUCUCCUCGAUGUCUUUACUGACUCCAUUAGCACAGACUGUUGGUGUGGUAAGUCCAGAGAGUUUAGUGUCCUCGUCUAGAUUAGAACUGAAAGAUACCAGCAUCAGUGACCAGAGUCCAAAGCCAGGAAAAUUCCAAAGAACCCGUGUCCCUCGAGCUGAGUCUCGUGACAGCAUCGAUUCUGAAGAUCGUGAUCUUCUUUAUAGCAUCGAUGCAUAUAGAUCACAGAGAUUCAAAGAAACGGAAUGUCCUUCCAUAAAGCAAUCGAUUGUUCGGAAGGAAGCUGUUACUUCAAAACUGGAUGAAAGAAAGCCUGUCUUUCCUGGUCAAGUUAAUAUCAAGCAAAAGAUGCAGGAACUCAAUAAUGAGAUAAAUUUGCAACAGACAGUGAUUUAUCAAGCUAGCCAGGCUCUGAACUGCUGCGUGGAUGGAGAGCAUGGAAAAGGGUCUCUAGAAGAAGCCGAGGCAGAAAGGCUUCUCCUGAUUGCAACUGAGAAGAGAACACUUUUGAUUGAUGAAUUGAAUAAAUUGAAGAGUGAAGGACCUCAGCGAAAGAAUAAGACUAGUCCCACAUCCCAAAGUGAAUUUGUCCCAUCCAAAGGAUCAGUUACUUUGGCAGAGAUUCGCUUGCCUCUAAAAGCAGAUUUUGUCUGUGGUACAGCUCAGAAACCAGAUGCAGCAAAUUACUAUUACUUAAUUAUAUUAAAAUCAGGAGCUGAAAAUAUGGUAGCCACACCAUUAGCAAGUCCUUCAAACUCACUUAAUGGGGAUGCUUUGACAUUCACUACUGUAUUUACUCUGCAAGAUGUAUCCAAUGACUUUGAAAUUAACAUUGAAGUUUACAGUUUGGUACAAAAGAAAGAUCUCUUGGGCCCUGAUAAGAAGAAAAAAACAUCCAAGUCUAAGGCUAUUACUCCGAAGCGACUGCUAACAUCCAUAACCACCAAAAGCAACCUUCAUUCUUCAGUGAUGGCCAGUCCAGGCGGUCUCAACGCCGUGCGCACCAGCAACUUUGUCCUUGUUGGCUCUCACACACUGUCCUUAUCUUCAGUCGGGAGCACCAAGUUUGCUCUGGACAAGGUACCCUUUUUGUCUCCUUUGGAAGGUCAUAUUUAUUUAAAAAUAAAGUGUCAAGUGAAUUCAAGUGUUGAAGAAAGAGGUUUUCUAACUAUAUUUGAAGAUGUUAGUGGUUUAGGUGCCUGGCAUCGACGGUGGUGUAUUCUUUCUGGAAAUUGUAUCUCUUAUUGGACGUAUCCAGAUGAUGAGAAACGAAAGAAUCCUCUAGGAAGGAUCAAUUUGGCCAACUGUACCAGUCGUCAGAUAGAACCAGCUAACAGAGAAUUCUGUGCAAGACGCAACACUUUUGAAUUAAUUACUGUCCGGCCACAAAGAGAAGAUGACCGAGAGACUCUUGUCAGUCAGUGCAGAGAUACACUGUGUGUCACCAAGAACUGGCUGUCUGCGGAUAGUAAAGAAGAGCGGGACCUCUGGAUGCAAAAACUCAAUCAAGUUCUUGUUGAUAUCCGGCUCUGGCAGCCUGAUGCUUGCUACAAACCCAUUGGAAAACCUUAAACUUUGGGGCCUUUCCUU